CCGCCGGCCACAGUCUGUGGACUGGAGGUCCUCGACAUGUGGACCCGACUCGUCACGCUCGCCUGCCUGGCUGCAGGCCUGCUGGCGGCGCCGGAGCGUCCGGAGGCCGGUCUCAGCUGCCCGCGGUCCCAGGGGCUGUUCUCACACCCCACCGACUGCCACCUGUUCCUGCACUGCGACCAUGACCACCCCUACGUCAAAGAGUGCCCCGCCAACCUCCACUUCAACGCUAAGCUGAUGGUGUGCGACUGGCCCGAGAACGCCGGCUGCACGGGGGGCGCGCCCACCGAGCCGCCGCCGCCUGACACCGACCCCGAGCCGGGCAUGGAGUGCGACUGCGAGUGCUGUCUGGAGCCAAACGCCGACGACUGCACCACCUACUACAUCUGCAAGGAAGGCAAGGCCUACAAGGCGACCUGCGCUCCUGGUCUGGUGUUCAACCCCGAGAUCCAAAACUGCGACCUGGCCGGAAACUAUAAAUGUGAGGAGCCCACUACCACCACGCGCAAGCCGGCCACCACAACGACAACCACGCAGGCACCGAAUCCAGCCUUCCAGUGUCCGACCGGGGAUGGCCUCUUCCCCAACCCAGCAGACUGCCACACCUUCUACCACUGCUCCAACGGACAUGCCUACCUGAAGGAUUGUCCGUCUGACCUCGAGUUCAACCCUGUCCUUCUAGUCUGCGACUGGCCCCAGAGCGCUGGAUGCUCCGUCAAGCCCACUCCUGCGCCCCAGCCUAAACCUACCUCUCCCGCGGGUUUCGACUGUCCGACCAGUAAUGGCCUCUUCCCCAACCCAGCAGACUGCCACUCCUUCUACCACUGCUCCAACGGACACGCCUAUCUGAAGGAUUGUCCGUCUGACCUCGAGUUCAACCCUGUCCUUCUAGUCUGCGACUGGCCCCAGAGCGCUGGAUGCUCCGUCAAGCCCACUCCUGCGCCCAAGCCUAAACCUACCUCUCCCGCGGGUUUCGACUGUCCGACCAGUAAUGGCCUCUUCCCCAACCCAGCAGACUGCCACUCCUUCUACCACUGCUCCAACGGGCACGCCUACCUGAAGGAUUGUCCGUCUGACCUCGAGUUCAACCCGGUCCUUCUAGUCUGCGACUGGCCCCAGAGCGCUGGAUGCUCCGUCAAGCCCACUCCUGCGCCCAAACCUAAACCGACCUCUCCCUCGGGUUUUGAUUGCCCGACCAGUAAUGGUCUUUUUCCUAACCCUACUGACUGCCACAGUUUUUACCAGUGCUCCAAUGGAGAUGAGUAUUUGAUGGAUUGUCCCGCCAACCUCGAGUUCAAUCCGGUCCUUCUGGUCUGUGACUGGCCCGAGAAUGCCGGCUGUUCCAUCAAGCCCACUCCUGCGCCCAAACCUAAGCCUACCUCACCCUCAGGUUUCGAUUGUCCAUCUGACAACGGCCUAUUCCCCAACCCUGCCGAUUGCCAUUCCUUCUACCAGUGCUCCAACGGACAUGAGUAUCUGAUGGAUUGUCCCGCCAACCUGGAGUUCAAUCCUGUCCUGCUGGUCUGCGACUGGCCUGAGAAUGCCGGCUGCGGUAAAAAGCCAGCGCCCUCGCCUGUGCCGACGACUCCGAAGCCCAAUCCGAAGCCUGAUGGCAUCUGCCCGAAUGAGACGUGCGCCUGCAGGGUUCCGGACCCCAAAGACUGCAACAAGUACUACCAGUGCAAGGACGGCAAGGCCUACCCCGAGUCCUGCCCUGCCGGCCUGGUCUUCAACCCCGAGACGGAGAUGUGCGACUAUCCUGAGGAUGUUCCCGGCUGCCAGAACCCGACAACGCUGAAACCCACCACCAAACCGACCACGAGGCCGACGCCGAAACCCACCACCAGGCCCACGACGCCUAAACCCACCACCAAGCCGACGACUAAACCAACAACUAGGCCCACGACCAAGCCCACAACGAAACCUACCCCGAAGCCAACAACCAGGCCCACACCCAAACCCACAACAAAGCCCACCCCAAAGCCAACCACGAAACCGACGCCCAAGCCGACACCCAAGCCCAAGCCUCCCAAGCCGGACUCAUCGAGCAGUGAAGAGUCGGAUAGCAGCGAGAGUGGAUCCAAAUCCAAGCACAGCGGAUCCAAAUCUAAGCACAGCGGAUCCAAGUCUAAACACAGCGGUUCGAAGUCCAAGCACAGCGGUUCGAAGUCCAAGCACAGCGGCUCGAAAUCGAAGCACCACGACUCGAAGUCAAAACACAGUGGUUCCAAGUCAAAGCACCACAAGCACUCGUCCGAGCUGAUGCAGUCUUCGGCACCGGCGAACUCUCGCCUGUACCGCAACCCGGACCAGGGCCGGAUCGAGGACGACGACGGAUUCCUGGAGGCGCAGUUCUGCCCGCGACCGACGGGCAAGUUCCCGUCCAGCCGGUGCCACUACUACUACCACUGCGUCGACGGCGUGCCCACGCUGAAGCGCUGUCUCCACGGCACGCGCUUCUACGCGCCCGAUCAGCGCUGCAUCCUGGGAUCCUGCUGAGAGGCGCCACCGGCCGGCUCCAACGCCAUCAGGACGAGCGUGUUUGUUGGGGUGUUGAAUGGGGACAUCCCAUAGCAGAAACGAUGUGGACUUCUCAUUGUUAGCGUGUCUACCUUCCUGUGACUUCUGUAUGACCUGAAUACAAAUGUUGUGCAUGAAUAAAGUAUCUUACUCAUACUUUC